AUGUGUCAGUUGAAUCAUAAUCCACCUAGAAGGCAGGAACCAACCGGUGAGCCCUCUCCUAAGAGACCCAGGGGAAGACCUAAAGGCAGCAAAAACAAGAGUCCCUCUAAAGCAGCUCAAAAGAAAGCAGAAGCCACUGGAGAAAAACGGCCAAGAGGCAGACCUAGGAAAUGGCCACAACAAGUUGUUCAGAAGAAGCCUGCUCAGGUCAAUGUUGCCUUGCCUGGGAAGGACCACCCAGGCAAUCUUAUGUAUCUACUAUUCUCUAAAAAUGCCACUUAGAAGAGAACUGAAACUUCCAAACACAUGAAAGGAUCCAGGGAAAGUGUCUUCAAACAAUUACACAUGAGCUUUAAGUGGAAUAAAAACAGAGUUACCA